AUGAACAAAAUGGCAUUCCCUGAAAUAUUUUCCGAUAUAGAAGAAAAUAAAUUUGUACCUAUUCAAAAAUAUUUUUCAAGUCCAAGAGACAUAUUCUUAAUUGAUUUUAUAAAUAAUGAGGGGAAUAACGAGGAUGAUAAUAUAAAAAAUAUUAACAAUAAUAUGCUAUAUGAAAAAAAAAAAAACAAACAAUAUACAAGCGUAUUUGAACGUUUAACAGAUCAAACUUUUUAUACAGGAACUCAUAAAAAAAAAUUCGAAGCAUUGGUAAAACGUAAAUUGAAUGAACAGGAUAUGGAUAAUUAUUUAUCUAAAAAUUUAGAAAUACAUAAAAAUAUAAAAAAUGAAAAUAUUAUUUCUCAAUAUUCCUCUCCUAUUGGAAUAAAUCAAUCUGAAAAAGGAAAAAAAAAAGAAAAAAAUUUGAUAGUUACCCCAGGAAUCCUUGGUAUACAAAAAUAUGGAAUUCAAAUUGCCCGUCCAAAAAGUAUUUGGCUAUAUAGAAAUGGAGAUAAACAUCAUAAUGGCUUACUUUUCUUUAUUAAGCCACAUAUAAAUAAUUUAAAAUUGCUAUUGUUUGAAAUUACAAAAGUAUUAGAUCCGAUCAUUGGGCCUAUACGUAAAAUGUAUGACCAAAAUUUUAGGCUUAUCAAAAAUAUACAGCAACUUGCCGAUGGUGCCAAAUAUUUAUGCACCUCUGGCGACCCACCAGCAAGUAUUGACAAUCUUGGCAAGUUCAUGUCCAAGUGGAUUAUACAAGAAUAA